AUGGGUUUUCUACAAAAGGUAUUUCUCGCAGAGGAGGACAUACAAGGCUCGAAGUUCCGGGCGAUAUUCAUCGGCCUGUUCGUCGCCUUUGGCGGUGUUCUGUUCGGGUACGACACAGGCACGAUAUCCGGAAUUCUGGCUAUGAAAUAUGUUAAGGAGCACUUCACGCAUCGCGGUAGCUUCACUGCCGGGGAAACAUCACUCAUCACAUCCAUUCUUUCCGCGGGAACUUUUGUUGGUGCAAUCAGCGCGCCGCUCGUUUCCGACACCAUGGGCCGGCGAUUCGGCCUCAUCGCUUCAACUAUUGUUUUCUCCAUAGGCGUAAUUCUGCAAGUUGCGGCCACAGGCCAAGACCUCUUAAUUGUCGGAAGAGUUAUUGCAGGCCUUGGUGUUGGUAUUUUGUCCGCGAUUGUCCCUCUUUACCAAUCUGAGGCAGCUCCUAAGUGGAUAAGAGGUGCAGUGGUUUCUUGUUACCAAGGAGCUAUUACCGUUGGGUUGCUGCUCGCAGCCUGUGUCAACCAAGGCACACAUGCCAGAACAGACAGUGGAUCUUACAGAAUACCCAUCGCUAUCCAAUUUGCAUGGGCGUUGAUCUUGUUUGUUGGUAUGAUAGUCUUACCAGAAUCCCCAAGAUUUUAUGUAAAGCAGGGGAAAAUUGAAAAGGCAGGAAACGCAUUAUCUCGCUUAAGAGGUCUACCAGCAGAUCAUCCGAUUGUUGAAGGUGAACUUGAGGAGAUCCUCGCUAACUUUAAUUAUGAGAAAUCUCUCGGUUCUACAACAGUAUGGGACUGUUUUAAACGCGGCAAUCACCAGCUAAAGCGUAUGCUUAUCGGCCUUGCAAUCCAGGCACUCCAGCAACUCACUGGUAUUAAUUUCAUUUUCUACUACGGAACUCAGUUUUUUCAAAACUCCGGUAUUAAAAACCCCUUCAUCAUUCAGGUUAUUAUGAAUGUUGUUAACGUUGUGAUGACUUGGCCCGGCGUUUUGUUAGUUGAGCUCGCAGGAAGAAGGAACUUGCUGCUAUGGGGCGCUGUCGGUAUGUGCGUCAGCGAGUUGAUUGUCGCGUCUGUUGGUACUGCACUUCCUGAUAGCACGGCUGCAAACAAAACAUUAAUUGCAUUUUCCUGCACUUUCAUUGCCUCAUUCGCCGCAACUUGGGGUCCCUUGGCUUGGGUUGUGGUGGGUGAAAUAUAUCCGCUAAGAGUGAGAGGUAAGUCGGUUGCUUUAUGCGCUGCCUCUAAUUGGCUAUUCAAUUUCGCGAUCGCCUAUGCCACGCCAUAUCUUGUAGACCAAGAGCAUGCAAACCUUCAGUCAAAAGUGUUCUUUAUCUGGGGUGGCUGUACAUUCCUCUGCUUUCUAUUUGUCUACUUUUUCAUCUACGAGACGAAAGGCCUCACCUUGGAACAAAUUGAUGAGUUGUUUGAAACUUGCACAAGUGCCCCUGACUCCAAAAACUUCAUUCCAUCUAGUGGAUAUGCCCAUGAGUCUCCAGAUGCUGAGAAGGCAGUUGUGGAAGCUGUCGAGAAAGUCUAA